CGCGGCGCCCGAGAGGUCAGGCUGGCGGGGCGCAGGCGUGCAACGGCGGGACAUGGCGGCGGGCGGCAGGCUGGAGGACGGUUCCUUGGAUGUCCUUCAAAGUAUGGAUGAUGACCCCCUUCUGGACACCCAGCCUCUCGCACACCACUCCUUACAUGCUCACUUUAGACCCAGAUUCCAUCCUCUUCCCACGGUCAUCAUAGCGAAUCUUCUGUUGUUUAUACAUGUUGUGUUUGUUAUUUUAGCAUUUUUAACAGGGGUGCUGUGUUCGUUCCCUGAUCCCAAUGAAGACAAGUGCCCAGAAAACUACACCAACCCACUGAAAGUUCAGACAGUCAUAAUCCUUGGAAAAGUCAUCCUGUGGAUUCUGCAUUUGCUUCUUGAACGCUACAUUCAGUAUCACCACAGCAAAGUCCGAAGUCGCGGCUAUUCCCAGAUCUACAGGUCUACGAGGCAUCUCAAAAACCUGGCUCUCAUGAUCCAUUCUUCUGGCAACACAGCCCUCCUGCUCCUCCUGUGCAUGCAGCAUUCCUUCCCUGAGCCCAGCAGCCUGUACCUGGAGCUGAUUCUGGCUGUCCUGGCCCUGGAGCUGAUCUGCUCCCUGAGCUGUCUGCUGCUCUAUGCAGUGAAAAUUAGGAGAUUCAAUAGAUCCAAACCACAGCCUGAUGUCCUUGAAGAAGAAAGAAUGUAUGCUCACCCCAGCAAUAUAGCCUCAGAGACUGGCUUCAGGACUAUUUCAAGCCUAGAAGAAAUUGUUGAAAAGCAGGGAGACAUAAUCGUAUAUCUGAAGAGACACAACGCCCUGCUCAGUAAGCGGUUGUUGGACUUGGCCUCUCAGCCAUCUAGGACAUAGAGGCUCUGGGUAUGACAGCUAUCAAAUCCUCAGUGACUCCAGACUGCCCGAAGUUACCUUCAUGGUGUAUGCUGGGAACAUGAGCCCUGGGUGGUUACAAACAUUUGGGAAACUUGAGAAUAUUUUGUAUGGUUUGAAAUAAUUUAACUCCUUGACUUUUCUGGAAUCUAAGCUGUAGUUGAAGAACUCUGGAAUAAUGUGGCUCUUUGUAAAGCAAUUGUGCCAUGACAGUCUGCUGUAAA